UUUAAAUCACCUCCUCUCCCGAUUCUUGUGGUCACCACCAUCAGCUGCCAUGAUAUGAAUCAUCAAAUCAUCAGAACAGGCCAGCUAAAAGCAUGUUAUUUGUACAAUUGUUUAUUGCGCUUCACUUCAUACAACCCUACGGCGUUUUUGCGCACACGGUUCCAACAUUUGUGAAACCUUUGAAGGAAGUUUUUCCAGCUUCAAAACCACUUGGAAAGCUGGAUACAGCUUUCCGCGAUUGUUAUAACCUAGAUGGUGGCCGGUUUCACAGUCCACCAAGGGACCAAUUCCCCCCAAUCUUGGAAAAUUUGCAUUCGACUGGAAUUCCCAAGCGUCAAAACAGAGAUCCUAAAAGGCGUGUAACUUGGGAUGAAUCCCCGGUAAAAGUUUUUGAAAUACCCAAGGAAGAACCUGAACCAGGAGAAGAAAUUCCACAAUAUGUGAAACGUUACGUGCAAAAAAGAUGGCAAUGGCGUCACAUUGACGAUUUUACCGAUGAUGAACGGAAACGAAAAUAUGGAACAAGAUAUUUGAUAGGUUCCAAUCGACAGAUACACGAAUACACCGAAUUCCCAACAAAAAAGGUUAAUUUCAAAGGAAAUUUUAUUAGAGUUCCUGCUGACUUCCCUCCACCUUCAGAAGAAAAAAUCUUGCCUCCAGAAUUUCAGGAGGGAAAUCUAGAAAGAAAGUUAUCCCCCACAGAGUAUAGGAAUUCUUUUGAAGAAGAAAAAGAUGAAGGGAAGGCUGGGGGUGAGGAACUCAAUAAUUCUGGUAGUUAUCCAAUGAUCAAUGAACAUUCUGUAAACAAAAAGGAAACUGAUAUCAAUGAAAAUCAAGAAUUUGAUGAAGAUGCAAAACACAGGAAGGCUGGCUAUAAAAAGGUCUCUACUUCUUUCAGAGAUCAAAUCAUUGGGAGACACAAGGAAACUCAUAUCAGUGAAACCAAAAAAUUUGAUGAUCCUAAUCAAGGGAAGGCGGGAUCUGAGAAACUCUCAACUUCUGUCACAGAUCAAAUAGACACAAGCUACUCACCCAAAAUAAAAUCCUUCAAAAUUGGAAAUGAUCCAUUGGGGGAGGAAAAGUUUUCUGAGAAUAAAAAUGGGGGUCUCAAAGAAAAAGAAAUUCAAGACCCUGAGCCUAAGUACGCCAAAUUUCAAAACCCAGAAGAUCUAAAACACAAGAAGGCUGGCUAUAAAAAGGUCUCUACUUCUUUCAGAGAUCAAAUAAUUGGGAGACAAAAGGAAACUCAUAUCAGUGAAACCAAAAAAUUUGAUGGAGUAAAGGCCCUGAUGACAAAAUCAUUAAACAUUUACAGCUCCUAAUCAAGGGAAGGCUGGAUCUGAGAAACUCUCAACUUCUGUCACAGAUCAAAUAGACACAAGCUACUCACCCAAAAUAAAACCCCUCAAAAUUGGAAAUGAUCCAUUGGGGGAGGAAAAGUUUUCUGAGAAGAAAAUUGGGGGUCUCAAAGAAAAAGAAAUUCAAGAAGCAAAAGACAAAUCAUCUUAUCCAGAUAAAUCUAAUCCAAAGGAACAUGUGAAUAAU